UAGGUGGACGCGUCUACUCAUGUCCGACAACAAAUCAAAGCACAGUUAGCCAAAUGCUACGCCAGCUAGCUUGAUUAAUAUAGCUAGUCCCUAUAGGAAACAUAUCAUUACCACCGCAAUGGCUGAAGUCGAAGAGACCCUCAAGAGAAUCCAGAGUCAGAAAGGCGUGCAAGCAAUCAUCAUUGUCAAUGCAGAGGGCAUCCCCGUUAAAACGACCCUCGAUAACUCGAGUACAGUGCAGUAUGCUGGCCUCAUCCACCAGCUGGUGAUGAAGGCACGGAGUACAGUGAGGGAUAUCGACCCUCAGAAUGACCUCACCUUCCUGAGGGUUCGCUCGAAGAAGAAUGAGAUUAUGAUCGCUCCAGAUAAGGACUAUUUCCUGAUUGUCAUUCAGAAUCCUACAGAGUAGAAUUUGCAGUAUAUUUUUUUAUCCUGAAAAAUGUUUGUUUAUAUUGUUGUUAUGUUUAAAGCAGAUGUCUCACAAGAAAAGAAUGACAAGUGUGGUCUUCCUCAGUAGUUUGUGUUGACCAAGUUGCAUUAUGUUGUUUUUUUUUAACCUUUUUUAAAAAUCAUACUAGUGCUUAAUUUAUUGUUCCUUGACUUACCUCCAGUACCAAUAUUCAAAAUGGUUGCACUCAUGAAUACCAUGUACACAGCUGUUGGUUAGAGUAGCCAAGUUAUGUAACUCCUUGUGCUACUCAUAAAUGAUAAUAAAACAGCAAUGAGUCUC